AUAUAAUCAACUAUUUCUACAGCUACAGUCACUGCCAGCCAUAUCAUAGCACUGAAAAAAGAACACAUAUUUUAAGAUUUUUUCUAAAGUAAAAAGGAAGAUUUUACGACAUUUCUAUUUUAUUAUAUAUCGUGACGUUUUACUACAAGGAGAUACAAUGCAUUUUACAUUACAAAAGCGAAAUAAGACGUGGAUGCCAGCUAUCAAUCUGAGCAUCGUGGGAUUGAUGGUUUAUAAUAUGGCCUGCCCUGCGUCCACUAUGGAUGUCCUGGUCCAUAACCGCAUCAACGUCCUGAACGGCACCAUGGUGAGGAUCCAGUGCAUCUUCACCUCCUGCUACAAGGUGGACGUCAACAAGUUUGCCAUGAACUGGACCUACCAGGAGAACACCAACGAGACUGAGGAGAUGUUCAUGACCUAUAAGAAGGGGAUGAUGCCCAUGCGGACAGACCGGUUCAGUGACCGGGUGCAGUUUGUGGGUAACCUGGAAAAGAACGACUUGUCGAUCAUCCUCUCUGAUGUCCAGCUGUCGGACGAGGGAGUCUAUAACUGCUACGUCCGUAACCCCCCUGACCGCAUCCAGGGCCACGGAAUCAUCAACAUGUUUGUCGUCACAGAAUUGCCUCCCCCUCGGGACUCGACAAUAGCGGUGGCGAUCGGGGCAUCAGUCGGCGGUGCGCUGGCUCUGCUCAUCCUGUCCAUGGUGGUGGUGAAGUGUAUAAGGCGCCACAAGAAACAGGAGCUCAUCUCUGACGAGCAGAAGAUGGAGGAAGAAGGCAAGCUGGAUGCAGAGGGGGGCACCGAGGAGGGAACCAAGCAGCUAUAACCGGCCUGCAUGGUCCUGGAGGCCCAAGGUUCGCUGGAGCCACACCCACUCCCUCACGCUGGAAAGCAUUCCUGCCUGAAGAUGUAUAGCGACCCUUCCUUGAAUCCUUGUCCAGCAUCUGCCUCACCCCACGCCCCCUCCUUCCCUCCCCUUGUCCAGCCAAACAAAAUUGCCGUUGUGGGAAGCCCCAGCCGCCAGCCACGCCACCCACGCCACCCCUGCCUCUGUCUUCAGUCGGCCAUCUUAUCUUCUCUCUGCUUUGACAAGAAGCCACAAAAGGCGGAGGAGGCUAGUGGACGGCAGCCCCCAAACGACAUUCCUCUUUCCCCUUUUUCCUCGCUUCUAGUCUCUCUUAAAAUACAGACGUAGGACAUGUGAAGUACAAUGCAGGACAUUCAAAAUGUGUACUGUAUUUGAGGUUUAAAAAGGGUUCUGAAGUAAUUUACACUUGGACAUUUUAGACCAGAUUUUCCCAGAUUUUCCUACGAAAAAUGUAUCAACUCCAAGAGAAAUAUCAAUUCAUGAUGAUCCACAUAAUAAUUAACAUGUCCUGCCACUGCAGGAUUAUUUUCCUACUGUAGCAAACUGGCACAAAUUAAAACACCCGUGAUUACUGGGAAAGAUCCCGCUCUCUCUCUCUCUCUAUCUCUCUCUCUCGCCAUCUCUCUCUCUCUCUCUCUCUCUCUCUCUCUCUCUCUCUCUCUCUCUCUCUCUCUCUCUACCUCUCUCCCUCUCUCUUGCUCUCUCUCUCUCUUGCUCUCUGACUCUCUCUCUUUUUCCUGCUCUAUCCCAUUACUUAGCGAUGGCUGGGGCAAAAAAAGUUCCCUGUUUUUUUCUGACAAAUAGUAGUGUGUGUCCAAAAUGACAACCAUUCUGUGUGCGAAUGGUAUGGAUGGAUUGUUUUUGUCUGUGUGUGUUCGUUUUUUAUGUACAAGGGUAUAAGCUUGUGAAUGACCUUCAGAUGUCACUGCGGGCGGUGUGGGUGUAUACACCUGUGUGAAUAUGCGUUUGAGUGUCCUUAGAGUGUUUGAAGCCAGAGAUGAUUCUAUCUGUCGCCAACCCUUCUGAACCCUUGCUUCACCUCCAAUAUGAUAUUUUAUCCUGUGUUGCUUCCUCAUACUAAGUUACUACUGCAUCAUAUAUUAGCAUGAUAUUUUUUUUUGCACACAUUAUGACGGGCACAAUUCUGCCUACGAUGAUGGAUGGAUCAUUAAUCUAUUGGUCUUUGAUGAUAUUGUAAUACACAUUGCACAAAAAGCCCAAUCCCCAAAUGAUGUCCCCCUUUUGUCCGCCUGCAGUAACCCGUGACACUCAAGUGAGCACGCAGACACAUUGACUAUACGCGAACCAACGCGUAAGCUUCGACCACCACAUACGAGCCACGUAGCUGUUUUGCACGUCGGAAGUACACACAAAGAGGCCUACACAUACACACAAGCUGAGCACUUUCAGGGAAAACAGGAAAAAAAAGGUAAGAUAAGAGUAACAUUUCUAUACAGAUACAUAUAUUUCUAAGUUUUGUCCUAAUACCUAGUUGUACUCUAGAGGUGUGCUUUGAUUGCUGUCGCUAAUUCAGGUUUUGGUCCUCGCCGUCUUAAACGAUCAAUGUUCGAAUGUAUGGGACCUCUCUCCUCUGAGGUAAUUGAUCUGGGAUGUUCUUCGGACGUUACAUAUUUAGCUGAAUGAGCAUUGCACUUGGUUGUGAUUGUAUUUGGGAGACAACGUGAGAUGUAAUUGCUACACAAUCAAUCAUUCCACGUUCCACCCAUUGCGUUUCAAACUACCUCCAGAGACGUAAGGGCUUUAAUUACAUUAUCAUGAGCGCGUGAUCAUGUAUGCAAGUCUGGGAAGGAUCACAAAAAGUAUCCAAAAGGACAGGUGAACGUUGGAAUUGCUCAACAACAUCCCAACGGCAAAUGAGUAACAUUAUUUAUUGUAGACACGGUUUGUAAUAUGUCGUCUUCAUUUGCUCCUUGUGUCUAAAAGUCUUGGCUUUGUAAUUUUUUUCAACAGACAUUGUUGGGGGAGCAGACAGGCUAUGGGAGUGUAACUGUAGUUAUAUGACUGGGUGCCUCUGGUACUGUCUGAUGUGGUUUAAAGGGCUAAAGCCAGGGGCCAUGCUGAUUCUGUGCCCAGAAGUGCCCUACCUCAUCUGGCUGUCUCUGCCUGUCAUUGCCUGUCAUUGGCUGUCUCUGCCUGUCAUUGCCUGUCAUCGGCUGUCUCUGCCUGUCAUUGGCUGUCUCUGCCUGUCUCUGCCUGUCAUUGGCUGUCUCUGCCUGUCAUUGCCUGUCAUCGGCUGUCUCUGCCUGUCAUUGGCUGUCUCUGCCUGUCUCUGCCUGUCAUUGGCCUGUCUCUGCCUGU